AGAUUCCAUUUUAUUACAAUAAUACAUUUAAAUAAGAAUAAUAAAUUAAUGUAUUUGGUCAAAGAAAUAUUCUAAAUCAAAUAGACUGUUUGUGAAUACAAUCUGCUAAUUGUUUAAUAUAUACAUGUAUAGAUAUUUAUAGUUAUCAUGAACAUCAACCAUAUGACUAAAAUACUUACGUUAAUUUGUAUUGAAGCAAUAAUAUGCGAAUCAACCAAAACCAUUAGUACUAAACCAUGGUAUAUGAAAAAAGAGCAUCUAAUUCAUAAAUUUCAUUACAAAGGUUUAGGAACUGAUAAUAAAAAAUUAAAUUCAAUCACAGUUCAUGGUGAAAAUGUUCCUGUUGUUCCACUAUCCGUUGCUACUCUCAUUGAUCCGGAGUUAUCUUCUGAGGAUGCGGACGCAAGUGACAAAGCAGAAUAUGUUCACAGUUUUUGAUUAAAACAACCCUUUUUCUGAAAGAAAUAAACAACGGUAUGGAAAGAAAUGAAAUUUUGAUCGCUUACACUUUUGCUAUGAUUUCUGCCAUAAGUGACUUUAUUAACUAAACAAUAUUUCAAUCAACUUCUGAA